UUCAAAGCAAUACAUAUGGACAUGAAAAUGGCUUUAGUUUUCCUACUUCCCCUCCUCUUGUUUCUGUCUGCACUACCUUCUUACAUCUCUCUCCAUUCUUCUCAUUAUUCUGAUCAAGAAGCUCUUCUCUCUUUUAAAAGUUCACUGUCCCUUGAUCCCUAUAAUUCUUUGUUUGAUUGGCAUCCGAAUCAUACCACCUGCAAUUGGACUGGCAUUCUCUGCUCUUCUCGUCAUCAACGUGUAAUUUCACUGAAUCUCACUGGUAUGUCUUUGAUGGGACCCAUCUCUCCUUUUCUUUGUAAUCUCUCUUUUCUUAGAGUAAUCUCUCUCUCAAAUAACAGCUUACAAGGCCACAUUCCACCUCAGUUGGGGAGGCUUUUCCGUCUUAGAAUGCUUGAUUUGUCUAUAAACGAGUUGGAAGGUUCUAUUCCCUCCACUCUAGCAGACUGCCAAUCUUUGCAGGUUCUCAUAUUGUCAUCUAAUCAUUUGAGCAGCAAUAUACCUUCCCAAUUUGGACUCCUUUCACAUUUAAAGAAGAUUGGGUUGGAAGAAAAUCAAUUGACAGGCACCAUCCCAGUUUCUUUGGGAAAUUUAUCUUUUUUAAUUGAUCUACGACUGGCCAAUAAUCAUCUUCAGGGUGGAAUUCCCCUAGAAUUAGGUAUGCUUAGUCAACUCAAAGUGCUCUAUCUUAAUAUCAACAAUUUGAGUGGAGAAAUUCCACCCACCCUUUUUAACUGCACUCUUCUCCAUAAAUUGUCAGUAUGUACUAACAAAUUGAGUGGUUACAUUCCUUGGCAGUUUGGCAAAUUAUCAAAGUUACAGCUAUUACAUUUGUGGGGAAACCAAUUCAUCGGAGAAAUCCCAAGAUCCCUAUUUAAUUGUACUCAACUUCAAAGGCUUGAUUUAGGCAAUAACCAAUUAAGUGGUGAGAUACCCUUAGAGUUUGGUAAGUUACGCCAACUUCUAGUUCUUUACUUAUUAGAUAAUCAUUUUGUGAGCAAAAGCAAUGAUUUGUCCAUUUUAACGGCCUUGACUAAUUGCUCUUAUUUGAAAAUAUUAGAUUUGUCCCUUAAUAAUCUCACUAGCAUUUUGCCCUCUUCUAUUAGCCAAUUAUCAAGCCAACUCUCUUAUUUAGGGUUGUCCUCUAAUAAAAUUGAGGGAAAUAUUCUAAGUGGCAUUAGCAACCUCACAAUGUUGGGAUACAUAAACUUAUCCAAAAAUUGUUUCAAUGGAACUAUUCCAUUCCCAUUGUUUCAACUUCAACAUCUUGAAAGAUUAUAUUUGGAUAAAAACAAUUUAUAUGGAAGUAUUCCAAAAAAUUUGGGUGAUGCAAAAAGUCUUGGGCUAUUAUCAUUGAGUGAAAACACACUUUCGGGGGAAAUUCCAAAUAGUCUUGGUGAUCUUCCACAACUAAGAUAUCUUAUUCUUCAUCACAAUCAAUUGUCAGGGAAAAUACCUACCAGUUUAGGGAGAUUACAAACUUUGGAAUUGAUGGACUUGUCCCACAACAAGCUAAGAGGAAAUAUACCCCCAGAAUUAAUAGCUCUUAAAAAUCUGCAGUUUUAUUUCAACACUUCCAACAAUUUAUUACAAGGUUCUCUAUUAGAAAUGAGCAAAAUGGUGAUGGUCCAAGCUAUAGAUGUGUCUCUCAAUAACUUCUCAGGUGAAAUCCCAACCACAUUGUCAAGUUGCACAAACUUACAAUAUUUGAAUCUUUCAUGGAAUUCAUUUUAUGGCCCAAUACCAACAUCACUCACAAAGCUUAAAAAUCUUCAAGAUAUAGAUCUCUCUAGAAACAAUUUAUCGGGUGGAAUCCCAAUAGCAUUCCAGGAGAUGAAAAAUCUUCAACAUAUCAAUCUCUCUUCAAAUAGAUUAAUAGGAGAAGUUCCAAAAGGAGGAGUUUUUGCAACAAUUAAUGAGUCAGCACUUAUGGGAAAUCUUGACCUUUGCAGCAAGCAAAUCCAUAUGCAACUCUGCUUUGAUUCUAAACAUAAAAGAAGACUAGUCCCCAAAAAGAUGAUAAUACCAAUUAUUAUUGGUACUACAAUCUUCAUCAUGUUGCUUGUAUUGUUCAUAAUUUUGUAUAGAAGGAGAAAUGGUAAUCAAAAUAUCCUUUAUAUCAACAUUGGGCCUAAAAUAAUUUCAUAUGAAGAGCUUGAAGAAGCAACUGGACAGUUUAGUGAAAGCAAUCUAUUAGGAGUUGGUGGUUCUGGGUUAGUGUAUAAAGGGAUUCUCAAUAAUGGUACAAAUGUUGCUGUCAAAGUUAUCAAUUAUGAUGAUGAAAAUGCUCUCCAAAUUUUUCAUAGAGAAUGUGAUGUGUUAAAAAGAGUCAAGCAUCAUAAUGUGAUGAAAAUAAUUUCAACAUGCUCCAGCUCUAAUUUUAAGGCAUUGAUUCUUCCAUUAAUGUCAAAUGGAAGUUUGGAGAGAUGGCUGUAUCCUGAUGAAGAAAAUGAGUGCAAAUUAAAUUUGUUUGCUCGAUUAGGAAUAGCAAAGGAUAUAGCACAAGGAAUGGCAUAUCUACAUCAUCAUUGCUUUGUGAAAGUAAUCCAUUGUGAUCUAAAACCAACAAAUGUGUUGUUGGGGGAUGACAUGACUUCAUAUAUUGCAGACUUUGGUAGUGCCAAACUACUAUUUGGGAAUUCAAUGGAUUUAAUGACUUCUACAAAUGCAAUUAAAGGAUCUAUAGGCUACAUUGCACCAGAAUAUGGAAUGGGUGGAAACAUCUCAACAAAAGGAGAUGUGUAUAGCUAUGGAAUUUUGCUUUUAGAGUUGUUUAUGAGGAAGAGACCUACAAAUGACAUGUUUGCAGAAGGAAUAAAUCUACCAAAAUGGAUAGGUAUGGAUUUUCCAAAUAAUAUCACACAAGUGGUGGACAAAGACCUACUUAGAGAUGUUGAACAACCUGAAUUAGAAAUAAUAUUGGCAUGCCUUACUCAAUUAAUUCAAGUAGGUUUGUUUUGCACAAGGGAGCUGCCACAACAACGCCCAAAUAUGAUGGAGAUAAUUGAAAGACUAGAAAGAAUAACAGAGACAUUUCUUGGAUCUCAAUCUUUUCAAAUGCCAAUGGAUAUCUCACCCUUUCUUGAGAAUACAUGUGGCCUAAAAGAUUAUGUGCUAGAGAGUUGUGAAAAUUGGUCUACAUUUACAUUUUAGCAAUUCACUAAACUAUCAAAAUUUGUCUUUGAUAGAAACUACAUUUUUUCUAAUAUUUUUUCUUGCAACUAAACACUCAACUUAAUGUUAUGUAGUUAAAGGCAUGUGUAAUGUUUAGUUGGACUCUAUAAAUUUGGAGAUAUGAUAGUGUUAGCCACUUAUAAGGCAGACAUAGUGAAUGAUUAACCAUAUGUAUGUAUGU